UUUCCCUGGAUGGUUUCUUGCCUGCACUGCUGAAACAACAGCAUCCGAACUGCACUGGGAACUGUGGAACCACCCAGCUCCGCCGCCGGAGAAGCCCGAGCCCGAGCCCCCCGCCGUCAUUUCGGCGCCGCGGCGGCCGAAGGCUCCCACUUGGCUGGGAACAUGGGAGCCCUCUUGCCCUUGCCGGCAGGUGGGGUGGCUACCUGGGACCCUAGCAGGGCACAUCUGUCUUUCUUUCUGCUUCUGGGCUUUCUGAAAAGCUUCUAAGUCCCAGUACCUCUUGCAACUCUCUUCUGUUUUAAGGAUUCUUUCCAAAGGUUUGAUUUUUUUUUUUUUUUUCCUGGAGAAGCUUUGGAUGAAUAUUUUUCUCUGCUUUGCUUCUUCAAUCCAACCUCUCGUCACGGUUUAACUUUUUUGUGACUUGUUUUAACUUGAGAUUGGAAGUGAAUAUAUACAUAUAUAUACACAAAUAUACAUUUAUAUAAAUCUUUAUAGAUAGAUAGAUAGAUAGAUAGAUAGAUACACACACACACACACAUAUAUAUGAUUAUUUUCUAAGAGCACAUCUCUCUGGCACUUUUCAUUGAUACCUCUGUCCUUUACCUCUUUGGGAUUUGACAAGCUCCAGACUCUGUGUGGUUGUGGAUUCCGACUGCUUUGCAAAUGGGUAUUUCUGCGCAAGAACUGUUUCCAGCACUUACUAAGACCUCUCACUAACUGGGGACCUGGCCUGCCUUGCCUACUGAGCUUGGGGGAAGAUUGGAUGCAGAUGAGUUGAUUAUAUUCCGUGAAGUAAUAGCUUACCACCUGCCAGGGUUUAAACUACUUUUGCAGCAUCACUUCACCUGUGGAGUCUUUGAAAUUUUGCUUUCUUGGGGAAAAAACUAGGUAAGAGAAGGCCGUUUUUUAACAAGUUAGCAUCCUCUCCCUCCCUUAGAAGUUGGUGCAAAAGAUCAGGCUCUGACUCCAUUGAACUGCACCUUCACAUCAAAAUAGAAGAAGAAGAAGAAGAAAGGGACAAUGGCUCUGAGUGGAAACUGUAGUCGUUAUUAUCCUCGAGAACAAGGGGCUGCGGUUCCCAACUCCUUCCCUGAGGUUGUGGAGCUGAAUGUUGGGGGUCAAGUUUAUUUCACUCGUCAUUCCACAUUAAUAAGCAUCCCUCAUUCCCUCCUGUGGAAAAUGUUUUCCCCAAAGAGAGACACAGCUAACGAUCUAGCCAAGGACUCCAAGGGAAGGUUUUUCAUUGACAGAGAUGGAUUCUUGUUCCGUUAUAUUCUGGACUAUCUCAGGGACAGGCAGGUGGUCCUGCCUGAUCACUUUCCAGAAAGGGGAAGACUGAAAAGGGAAGCUGAGUACUUCCAGCUCCCAGACUUGGUCAAACUCCUGACCCCUGAUGAAAUCAAGCAAAGCCCAGAUGAAUUCUGCCAUAGUGACUUUGAAGAUGCCUCCCAAGGAAGUGACACGAGAAUAUGCCCCCCUUCCUCGCUACUCCCUGCUGACCGCAAGUGGGGUUUUAUUACUGUGGGUUACAGGGGGUCCUGCACCAUGGGCAGAGAGGGGCAGGCAGAUGCCAAGUUUCGGAGAGUUCCCCGGAUUUUGGUUUGUGGAAGGAUUUCCUUGGCAAAGGAGGUCUUUGGAGAAACUUUGAAUGAGAGCAGAGACCCUGACAGAGCCCCAGAAAGAUACACCUCCAGAUUUUAUCUCAAAUUCAGGCAUCUGGAAAGGGCUUUUGAUAUGUUGUCAGAAUGUGGAUUCCACAUGGUGGCCUGUAACUCCUCAGUGACAGCAUCUUUCGUCAACCAAUACACAGAUGACAAGAUCUGGUCAAGUUACACUGAGUACGUCUUCUAUCGUGAGCCAUCUAGGUGGUCAUCCUCGCACUGUGAUUGCUGCUGCAAGAAUGGCAAGGGUGACAAAGAAGGAGAGAGUGGCACCUCUUGCAAUGACCUCUCCACCUCCAGCUGCGACAGCCAGUCCGAGGCCAGCUCUCCCCAGGAGACAGUCAUCUGUGGGCCUGUGACACGCCAGACCAACAUCCAGACUCUGGACCGUCCAAUCAAGAAGGGCCCCGUCCAACUGAUCCAGCAGUCAGAGAUGCGACGGAAAAGUGACCUGCUCCGGACUCUGACUUCGGGCUCCAGGGAGUCGAACAUGAGCAGCAAAAAAAAACCUGUUAAGGAAAAGCUCUCAAUUGAGGAAGAGCUGGAGAAAUGCAUCCAGGAUUUCCUAAAGAUCAAAAUUCCAGAGAGGUUCCCUGAGCGAAAACAUCCGUGGCAAUCUGAACUUUUACGGAAGUAUCAUCUAUAGUGGAGGGAGGGGGAGGUGGGAGAAGAAACAGAUCGUGUCACCCUUUUGAAGUAAACCUCCUAAAAGAAAUUCAUGUUUGAAAAGAAAAACAAUAACUAACAAUACACGUUUGUUAGAAUACAGUAGCCCAUUGAUAUACUACUGCCUGUUUACCUAGUUCACCUUAACAUGUCAAUCCACAGGGUAGAUUUCUUUCCAGAUGUGGAAGUAUAAGAAUCUCUCUCUCUUCUUUUUGUUCUCUAUUUGUUUGUUAACUUGGUCCCGUGUACUGAGUAUCUUAUGUAUAAUGAGAGCCAGCUACAUAAGUAUAGCUGAGAGGCCUUGGGAAUCAUUUAUCCCAAGCUGCGUUUUACUCUCCUCUUCUACCUCCCUCCUUUGAAUGAGAAUAUGGUAGAGAUCUGACCCAUUGCCAUAGGUCUGGGUUUUUAAAUUUUCCUUUUCCCUUUUGUUUAUGGGGUAAGGGGGGAAUGGCAGAUUUAUAUGACUUUUCACUCAAAUCGAUUACGUGCCAGUUUAUAUUGACUCCGUAUGCAUGAGUAUUUGUGCAGCACAAGCCCAACAAAGUGUGUAUAUACACACAGUGCACAUGAGCCCAGGGCCUGGGCAUCCUAAGAGGUGUGCUUUUGCUCUCAGCAGCACCCUCUUAGAGUCCUUCAGACACAGGAGCCUCUGCUCUUACCUUAAAACCCUUCUGGGAAGAUUUCCCAACCUCUCUUGGCAACACUUCCUAACAUCAGAGAACCUUCGUCAUCAACAAAUUACCUUCCUUAUUUCAAAAUUAACACCCUCAGGCUCCAUUUUACUGCGUUGCUCUUUCUCUGCACUAGGAGAAGGUGAGAAGAGCUAGUCACAUAUUCUUUGUGUUUUUUUUAAAAAACCAAAACAUCCCUAAUCCACAAAAAUGACUGCAAAACGACCCCACGUUCAGUCUUCUCUACCCUGAGCUGAAUUACCUUCCUUCUCGCAGUGUUUUCAGAGUCCUUACUGCCCAUGUUUUCAUGGUGUGGCCUUUUCACGUAAUCCACGUUAAGUUCUCUGCAUUCCCGUGUAGCUGUGGAAGUAAGAAAAACACACAGCACUUGGAUGAGGGUUCAGCCUUUUGUUUUAAGAGGAAGUUGUAUUCCACACCUCUCCUAGUAAUGUCUCAUAGCUUGUUCAAAUUGCAGUGCUUCACUGUUACUUCCUUAUAUCCAGUUUUGUUGGCCUUUGGGAUCUGGGAUUUGGCUGUGUCCAUACUAGGAUUUGGCUGUCGUUUCUGUGAUGUCUGUGAACAACCCAACUAGAUAACUGAAGCUCUGAAAUUAAGACUUUGGCUUUCUAAACUGUCUUUCUUGAUUAUAUCCUUCACCUAUAUAGACACAGCCAAAAAGAUGCUGUUAACAGCCAUCCAUCCAUGUGACUCUGUAUUCUAUUAACAUACCAAUAGUUUUUUCAUAGACUUGUGGUAAGUGAAGGUUAAAGGGCAAGUUUUUACUUUCAGCAUUCCUUGUGCAUUUCAGUGGGAACUGAAAAUAUAAUUUGUCCAUCAUUAAUUGUGUGCCAAGCACUACUAAUUUUUUUUUUACUGUGUGUGUGUGUGUGUGUGUGUAUGUGUAUAUGUAUCACAGGUAAUAAAGGCAACUGGAUGAUGUUUGUAGGAGGGAAACAUAAUGACCAAUUGCUUCUUUUUGAAAUCUUUCACUGAUGCACGUUUAUCAUGUAAGAGGUCUGUCUUGAUUCCUGUUAUUAUUGCCCAUUAGUAUAUGGACAUCUUUCUGAAUUUUUAUUAAUUCUUACACCUGGGCAACAGACUCAGCCAAUGUUUUCUUGUCCUAAUGGUUUGAAUGGACUUUACAGUUUUGCUGAAGUAGAAAAGAAAGAUCAUUUGGGGAGCUGAGUUGUCAAGAGAAUUAUAAUUAUGAAUUUAAGUGGUGUUCUUUUUUGCAGUAGUAUAUUAGCAGACGUUUAAUCUUAACUACAACAUAGCUUUGUACAGCCUACCAGUAUGUCUUCAUUCUUUUCAGUGUUUCUUUAUACCACAUCAAAAUAUCAUAUUAAUAAUAGAAGAUUCUGCAAAGAAUCAUAGAACUUAAUGGGCCAAGAAGUUGAAUUUGGUGAAAAUAUCCCCAAACUCACUUUGGUCAAAUGAUUCUUAUGGUCCUACUGGAAGUUCUGUCAAAGAGUUGGGGGUCUAACUAAAAUGGCCAAAGUCCCAACUUUCUUAAAUUUCAGACCUGAUUGUCAUGCCUUCAAGAUAGAAACACACUAGUAAGAAUUAGAGAACUAGUAAGAUGGCAGUCCACACACUACUCCUACUACAUACUUUAAAUAGGAAAUUAAACGCUGCAAAAGAAAAUGUUCAUGGCAUUAUUUCUCUGUUCUUUGACCUGUCAUGAAUUUGUUUCUGUUUAGGCUGUCUUUAUACCCCCAGUGAACAAAACCAGUGGUGGCAAGUCUGUUUAAAACAACAGUAACGUUUUAAAUCUGAGUCAGCUCUAGACUGACACUCACACCAGAUAGUCCAAGUAGCUGAAACAACAGCAUGGUGUUCAUUUGUGUGGUUGUUGGUGUGGAGAUGACUGUAGACCUGAUCAGUAAAAGGCUCUGCAGAGGCACCGAGUCCAUGGACAUCUUCAGUCCUAGUUCAGGAGGAGUUCAAGUGAGGUCUGUGUGGCCUGCAACAUUGGAGAUGAGUUCUGGGUAAGUGAGUUAGAAGAUGAAAUGCUGUAGUGGCCCUGCACCAUGAAUCAGGCCCAUUUUCCUGAACUUAAAAUAGUUUGAAGAACUUUUAGUUCACUUCCGGACAGAACAAUAUAUAUGGUUCGCUUCUUGAAUAUUGGUUAUGACAAGGGCUGAUAUGAAGAGACUAGUAACAUCAAAUAGGUCAAAUGAAUAACGAAUCAUAUGUGCAGAGCCCCUACUCAGGUAGCCUCCUAGAAAAUUCUGCAAUGCUAAAAUCCAUUGAGCUUGGGGAGGUCAUUCUCUAUGGUACAUGGGGCUUCUGAAGGCAGAACUAUAUUUAAAAUAAAGUCCCCCUACCCACUGUCAAAAAGGGAGUGGUCUGUGUUUAGCAGGAAAGGGGGAAGACAGGAAAAUAAAACUGUUGGAUCAUUGUGGUAGUGUGCUCUCCCUCCCCCUGCUAAGAAAAAAAUUGCACUGAGAUAUGGCCAUAAAACAACAAAGUGAAGUGGUUUCCAGAAGUUGCAGUGAUGUUAUCCUUUGUAAUUGUAGGCACAGCUAUCUUCCUGGAAAUACAUGCAUGAUGAAUUAUAAUAAAAGGGGAACAAUUCACAAACCGUAAGUGUUCCCUUUGUUCUGUAUUCCUCCAUAGCUAUGUCUACCCCCAACCAAUUCAUUUGCAGGGGUUACAUCUGUUAAAGGGGAGCUAACAAGGAUUUUUUCACUUUCCCAUUGGCCUUGUUUGAUUCAGGGGCACCUUUAUCCAUAGGCACAGACCAGAUGUGUAUUGUUCAUUUUGGGUCCUCUUAAUUCCCACUGUUUGUGCUUCUGGAUUACUUUUGCUUCUCUGAUUAUCCUUUCUGAUUCCUUUAGAUUUAGAUUCCUUUCUGAUUAUCCUUUGUCUGUGCCAAGCAAAACAUGCUCCAGUGAGACAAAGAAAAGGCAUAUGUGGUGUUUUGCAAAAUUACUUGACCCCAACUCCCAAAAUGGGAAACAAACUUUGAUUCUCAUAUAUUUUUCUCUGUUACAGUUUCAGAUUUCCAACUUUGUAUUUAUAGUGUCUCAAUCCAGAACAUUUAAGUGCUGGUAUUUUCUGCCACUAGCUAUCAUAACGUGCAACUUGACUAGUCUUGGUCUUCUGGAUGAUAUUUCCUAGAUUUAAGACUCUAUGAGCUUGUAGGAAGAAUCGUUUGUCACCUUCAUGUGACAUAGCAAUUUUCAAAGGAAAAAUGAUGGGAGUUAUUUUUUCCCUGGUGACUCUGUGGCAGAUAAAUGUUUUUGCCAAUUUGCAUGCUGGGUUAUACGUUUAGCAUGGGCCGUUUCUCUCUUAAUGUCUUGGUAUUGUUGGCAUCUUGCUAUCUUGAUGGCCCACUGUUCCAAUUUAUUUAUUUUCUUUUAUAUUGUCAAACUAACACAGAGAAAGAAUCAGAGUGAGUAUUCUGUAUUCUGAGGUAAUAUGGAGUUAGAUGUUGUUUGAACAGGACUGUACAAUGAUUAAUAUCUACAGAGAAAUUAGACCAAAUGAAACCUGCUGAAAUGGGUUUGAUUUAUAUUGCCUUCAUCAUUCUGAUUUUAGAAGAAAUGGUUAUUGCUCUCCACCCAUGCUGAAAGAAAAGAGUGUUUGUUAAACUUUAAUAAUCACAGCUUUGUGAUGCAAGCACAAAGCUUAUUUGUUUGGAAUGUCUGUUUUUCUCAUCUUGCCAUAUACAUUGGAAUGGAGAUUCUUCCCCUAGUGACCUCCACUGCAAAAGUUUUGGCAGUGUUUCCAGUACUCAGCAUGCAUAAAAUCAUUUGCAGCACUUGCAUAAAAAUUCAGAUUCCUUGACCCUAACCCCAGAAAGUCUGAUUCAGAAACUUCAAGCAGGGCCCAGGAAUCUGCAUUUUGGGCUAUCACCCUUAAUGGUUUUGAUGAGAUGCUCUGCGGACCUUCCUUUGAGAAACUCUGCUAUUUAGGGACUAUGCAGAGGUCAACAUUUCUCUCACUUCCUAGUGGCACUUCCUCUCACUUUCUUUCCACUACAAAUGAGUCAAAGCAUGCAUAAUUCAUUAUCUUAAGAAAAAAGACCCAAAGAACAUUCUAGGACUAGGGCAGAGCAGAUUUCCGUAAUUUGUUUGCCCUUUCAUCUGCCUGUCAAUCAUAACAUUUUCUUCAUUUUGUGUAUGUUUGAUGU